AUGACUAACGAUGAUGAUGACGAUGAUCAUGACGAUGAUGAUGACGAUGACGAUGAUGAUGACGAUGACGAUGACGAUGAUGGUGACGAUGAUGAUAACGAUGACGAUGAUGAUGACGAUGACGAUGACGAUAAUGAUGACGAUGAUGAUGACGAUGAUGAUGACGAUGACGACGAUGAUAUUGACGAAGGCGAUGAUGAUGACGAUGACGUUUGCGAUGAAGAUGACGAUGACGUUGGCGAUGAUGAUGACGAUAAUCAUGACGAUAAUGAUGACGAUGACGAUGAUGAUGACGGUGACGAUGAUGAUGACGAUUACGAUGACGAUGCCGAUUAUGAUGACGAUGACGAUGACGAUAACGACAACGAUAAUGAUGACGAUGAUGAUGACGAUGACGAUGACGAUGAUAUUGACGAAGGCGAUGAUGAUGACGAUGACGUUGACGAUGAUGAUUACGAUGAUAAACUGACGAUGACGAUAAUGAUGUGUUAA